UGCAAGGGUUUGUGGGAGAUGCUGAACCGUUUGUUUGCUUUCGAGCUCAUCAGCUAAGGUGGAAAUAAACGCUUAGUUUGAGUCCAUUGUAGGAUAUUUGUUUUGUUAAUAGGAAAUUGUUAAGAACGUAGUAUGUUGUUUAGUAAUGAUGAAGUAUGCUGGCUAACUAAACUAAACAGCUAGCAUUAGCUUGGUUGUUUUGGUUGGCGCGUGAGCCAACAAACCCGAGUCUGUGAUUUAUUUAUUAGUCCAUUUAUUCUUCUUAAACUGUACUGCUUAUUGACGGGAGAAGGGAUAUGACUUUAGCGCCGAAGGAGCUGACCACACUGCUGGGCCUGCUGUCGGAGGAGGCGUGCGCCGGCACCUCGUUCGAGAGCCUCGCGAGCGCCUUCCACCACUGCUUCGGUAAAGCCGAGCACUUCCGGGUGGGUUCCGUGCUCGUGCUGCUCCUGCAGCAUGCCGACCUGCUUCCAGGUUCCGCUCAGCGCCUCGCCGCGCUCUACCUGCUGUGGGAGAUGUACCGAACCGAGCCGCUCGCCUCUAACCCGUUCUGCGCCGUGUUCGCUCACCUACUCAACCCCGGCAAGGACGAGCACGAGCGCCACCUCUCAGGUUUUCUUCCCCCGGUCACUCUUCCUGAGAAGUUUUUCCUCUCCCAGCUGAUGCUCGCUCCUCCUCGGGAGCUCUUCAAGAAAACCCCACGCCAGAUCUCCUGCAUGGAUGUGAGCUCGGCACCGCAGACCAUCGACAUCAGUGGACUCCAGCUUGCUCUUGCCGAGCGUCAGUCGGAGCUUCCCACUCAGAGCAAAGCCAGUUUUCCCAGCCUCCUCAGCGACCCUGACCCUGACUCUUCCCACUCUGGCUUUGACAGCUCCUUAGCCAAUCAGAUCACAGAGUCACUGGUUACAGGGCCACGCCCACCUCUGGAGAGUCAUUUCCGUCCCGAGCUGAUCCGGCCGGCUCCUCCGUUAUUCCAGGCGAGCGAGGCCGAGCUUGCGUGGCUGAGUCCAGCUGAGCCCGAGCACCGUGUGCAGUGGGAUCGCUCCAUGUGUGUCCGCGCUGCCACUGGCCUCGAGACCAAACGCAUCAUGGCUAAAGCCUUCAAGAGCCCGCUCUCAGCAUCUCAGCAGUCUCAGCUGCUGGCUGAGUUGGAGAAAGAUCCAAAGCUGGUGUACCACAUCGGCCUCACCCCUGCUAAACUGCCCGAUCUAGUGGAAAACAACCCACUGGUGGCCAUCGAGAUGCUGCUGAAGCUCAUGUCCUCCAGCCAGAUUACAGAAUAUUUCUCCGUACUGGUCAACAUGGACAUGUCCUUACACUCCAUGGAGGUGGUGAACAGGUUGACGACGGCGGUGGAUCUUCCGCCCGAGUUCAUCCACCUGUAUAUCUCUAACUGCAUCUCAACCUGCGAGCAAAUCAAGGACAAGUACAUGCAGAAUCGGUUAGUGCGCCUAGUGUGCGUUUUUCUUCAGUCACUGAUCCGCAACAAGAUCAUCAACGUGCAGGACCUGUUCAUCGAGGUGCAGGCGUUCUGUAUCGAGUUCAGUCGAAUCCGUGAGGCUGCUGGUCUCUUCCGCCUCCUCAAGACGCUAGAUAACGGAGAGACGCCAGCAGAGGGCAAAGUAGCCAAAUAAAACCUCUCUAAAAAUGGUGAUUGGGACUGAUGUAACCCUGGUGUUGGGUGAACUGGAACUCAGAUAGUCCUGGCCUGAUGAAGCUAAAAAAUUUUGUUUUUCUGUUUGUUUUUUUUAAAGCCAGAGCAAGAUCUGCCAAAACAUGAAUUAAGGCUAGUAAAGAGGGCGCUAAUUAGCCUCAGUUCUGUUUAUGAGGUUUUUAACUUGGCUCCCUAUAAAUUUCUUUGAAAUCAGCCAAGAUCUUGCACUCAGCUCAUCCGGGACCUCGAUCUGAGCUUGGUCUCGACUCUUCGUUAACACUGACACUGAAACAAAAAGGGAGCUUGCUCAUCUGGAUCCCUCAGUAGAAACCUCACACAGCCUUUUUUUUAUUUUCUGGAGAGAUGGAAUAUGUGAUCAAACUGUAACCCUGUACAUUUCUCUAAAGACUUUUCAUGGUCUCAAUCUUUUUUAAAAUAUAUAUAUAUAUAUAUAUAUAUAUAUAUAUAUAUAUAUAUAUAUAUAUAUAUAUUAUCAGAGUCUUUAGAGCCUCUGUGUAAUCAGAAGGAAGUUGAUGGCCUGUGUACAAACUGCCACAGCAGUGACAUACCAUGUUUUUCUUCUAAUGUAUAAGAAAAUAGGGAGGAAAAAAUAAUUAAAUAAAUAAAUAAAUAAAAGCAAAAUAGAGACUCUGUAGACUGACUAAUGAAUGCACUCACAAACAUGUUAUUUGGGCUGUUUUUUCCCCGUUUUCUCAGUUUAUUUUACUGUAACAUAUAUUGUAUGCAUAAAAAUGGUGAAAAUGAAAACCCUAAAUAAUGUGUAUUUUGUCCAUAUUAUAAAUAGUUACAUUUACAUCUGUGUGUCAGUGUAUUUCAGCAGGGUGGUCAUGUCCAGGAAUCAUAGGCCAUAAAUUACUUUCCACUGCAAGAAAUUGUUAUAUUCCUUACAAAAAUAAAACCCACCUGAUGCUAAA